UUCAUUAGAACAAUUCAAGGAUUUAUCAUCUCAAUCACAAGUUAAUUUAUAUAUUUGUAAUCAAUUUGAUAUAAAACAAGUUAAAUUGGAACAAGCAAAAGAUCCUGUUAUUCAGGAAAAGGUUAAAGAAAUUCAACAAAAUCCUACACGUGGUUCAUUUGUUUUGCACGAAGGAUUAUUGUAUAAAUUGAUGCCGACGAAUUUACGAAGUAUUACAAAAAUUAAAUUAAUUUAUAUACCUGCAUCUAUGAUUAAUUCGCUUCUCAAGGCUUAUCAUUCAGAUCCAUUAGCUGGACAUUUUGGAAUACGACGUACAUAUUACAAAUUAAAGAAUAAAUAUUGGUGGCCGGAUAUGAAAUCAUCUAUUACUCGAUUUAUCAAGUCUUGUUUACCAUGCCAACAGUACAACGUUAGUCGAUUAAAAAAACCUGGUUUACUUUGUCCAAUUGAAACACCAAGUGGACCUUUUCAGCUGAUUGGUAUUGAUUACUGUGGACCAUUUAAACGUACACCAAGAGAAAAUCAAUAUGUGUUAUGCAUCACUGAUUAUUUUACUCGAUGGAUCACUGCCAUUGCUUUACCUGACUGUACUGCUCAGACAACGGCUCAAACAAUUUUUAAUGAAUAUAUCUGUCGAUAUGGUGUGCCAGUAUCAAUUUUAACUGAUCAAGGCACACAUUUCAACAAUCAAUUAAUGGAAUCAAUGGCUCAAUUAAUUGGAUAUAAUCAUAUAUUAUCUACUGUUUACCAUCCACAAAGUAAUGGAAUGGUUGAACGUUUUAAUGCAACUUUUGUGCCCCAAUUGGCUAAACUUCAUGAUCGUGAGAACAACAAUUGGGAUGAAUAUUUACAAUCAGUGGUAUUUGCAUACAAUACAGGUAUCCAUGCAGCUACUCAACAUUCUCCAUUUCAAUUACAAUUUGGUCGUGAUGCACGUAUGCCUACAGAUACAACAUCAAAUUAUGUUUUUUACAAGCCAUCAGAUUAUUACAAUCAAUUAAAGAAAAGUCUUAAAAUUAUCCAACAAAAUGCUCAAAAACAAUCAAUUUAUUCUCAUAUGAUCAAUAAAAAAUAUUAUGAUAAAAAUCGAAGCAAUCCACAAUAUGAAAUUAAUGAUAAAGUUUUGAUUAGAAUUCAUGGUUCAAGAUCAAAAUUAGAUCCACGCUACUCAUUGACUCCAAAAAUUAUUAUUCAAAAGCAACAUCCAACUUAUUACGUUCGAGAUCAAUUAAAUGAUCAAAUUACUCGUGUACAUGUGAAUGAUAUACGUCCGAUAUUAUUAUCAUAA